AUGAAAAGCCAACUAGGUGAAAUAAGAAUGAGUCCUAGGUAUAUCAAAAAUAUGAUGAUGUUUAAAUCCUUCAUGACAAGUUAAAAUUCUAUUUUAUACUCCUUAGAGACUCAACCUUCCAUAAAUCCAGUAAUGUUAAGAAUCUAUGGUAAAUUGAAUGCUGAAAGAGAGAUCAUUAAUAACUAAGAAAUAAAACAAAGACCUAAUACUUAAAGAAAGAGAACUAAAAGGGCUAAAAUAAAUUCUGAUGACAAAGUGCUUCUCCUAAUCCAAAAAGAUUUUGAAAGAGAGACAAAAUAAAUAAAAAAGCUUGGAAAUCAUACUGCUAAAACUGAAGAGCUAUAACAAUCCAUUCAUAAUUAAUUAAUAAACAAACAUUCUAAUUCAAUAUCUAGUUUAAUAAAUCAAGAUUGUGAUGUGAAAUUAGCUCCAUCAUACUAUGAAUUACUGAAUACAAUUUAACCUGAAAUGAAUUUUAAAAGUAAAUUAACUUUAAGAGAACCAUUGAGUAAAGCAAGGGCAUUGUUAUCUUAAACAAAAGAGAAAAAGAGAAUUUAUGAAUCUUAAAUUAGACAUUAAAGAGAUUUCUUUAGAUAACCUACUCUCACAGAUUUACCUUCUUUUGGAAAAAAAAGAACCACAAUAAAAAGCAUAUUUGAAGAUCCAAGAAAUAAAAUUUAAGCUAAGUAAUUUAUAAACAGUAUCAGCGAACAUUGUAAAUCAGAAAGCACUGAAUGUUGUAAAAUACUUCAUUAAUGUUCCAAAGCAUAAGGGAAAUUUAAUAGUCACUAUGAAGAACUUCUAGAUAAUUACUUCACUUAAAUGUGA